AAGCGGUUUGCGAAAGGUAUUCGCCACCUGGGCAAGAAUUUCUUCAGAAUUCGCAAGGAGCACCUGCCACACAAAGACACAAGCGAGCUGGUGGAGUUCUAUUACUUCUGGAAGAAGUCCCCUGCGGCCAACAACUCCCGCCCUCAGUACCGCAGACACAGGAGACCACUCAAGAGGCAGAGUCCUCGAAACAACCAGCCAGAUAACGAAGCAAGUUCGGGCAGUGAAUCAGAGGAAGAGUCUGAGGAGAGUGAUGGAAGUCGAGAUGUAGCCAGUUGCCAGCGCUGCUUCACUACAAACUCAAAAGACUGGCACAGUAGUAAAGAUGGUGAAGUCCUAUGCAGCAAAUGCUCUGUGUCAUUCAAGAAAUAUGGGGAGGAGUCUGGGGUAGAGUCUCCGCCUCCCAGUUCCAGUCCCCGACAGCGCCUGUUCAAGCCCGUCCCCGAGGACGAGGAGACGACGCCUUCCAAGCACAAUAUGCGCACACGUCGCAGCAAUAAUACAGCAUCAACAAACGGAAAGCAGAAAGAGCGAAAUAGUGUCAGCAGCCCCGACCUGGAGAGCACUCCAGCCAUCGCCAGCUGCAGCAACACCAUCUCUACAACCACCAACAUAUCCAGCAGUAAGAGCAGUCGGAAAUCUCCCAGCAGUCUGCCUGACAGGGACAGCAGAAAGUCCGCCCAGAAGGAGAAAUCAGAUUCUAGCCAGGCAAAGAAGAGGAGAACUGCAAACGAGGACGAUUCCAAGCUUGCCAAGAAGAAGAAGGAACCGUCAGAUUCAGAAUCUGGUACAGAAAGUAGUUCUGUCUCUGGAACUGAGGAUCUUGGAAACGAGGCAGAUUCUGAUGAUAAUAUUCAGGAGGAUCUGAGUAGCAGUUCUCGGCCAUCAAGUCCUAGCUCUGUAGAACGUGGGUUCAAACCUUUACAGCCUCAUCCACUCACACCAGGAGCCCACCCAGUCACACCCGCAGCAGGGACCCCAGUUAACGUCACCAGCUCAUCCCAGGACAUUGCAGUCAGCAGCCCAGUGUUUUGUGGACCUUCAAGUGUUCCCACACAGUCUUCGACCACAGUGAUAUCAGGCCAGCCUGUGCCAACAUCACAGGCACACCAGCAGUUGAGCUCGCUGACAGUUUUACCAGCUUCAGCAUCUUCUGAGACAUUGGCUAUACCGCCUCCAUCAUUGUCACCACUGUCAGCGCUAGCAGCAUCCAACAGCAGCGGUAAUCUUCAUUUGCGGCUGCCGCAGCAGGCAUCACCAAUACCGGCGCUGAAACCUAGUUUUGGAUUACCUGGCCACAUUUCUAGUGUCGGAAGUAAACCCGGUAGCCACGCCAGCAACCUUGUUUCAAACUCGUGCAGUUUGUCAUCCCCAUUGGUGAUACCUACGCCAAGCCGAGCAUCAUCCACAGGGACUUUUAUUCCACACGCGGAACUGCCACUUCCUGCAAACUCACUUGGCAUAUCAGCGAAUAUAAACAGCCCUGUCACUGCAGUUGUCAAGACAACUGUGGCUUUGACAUCUGUGGAUUCAUUUUUGUCGACGUCAGCAUCAUCUAGCAGUCGCCUUCCACUCGGUGGACAAGCAAAUACUGCCACAAGCAGCGCAAUUGUGAACACAAGCUCUGCCAGCUCCGGUUGCAAGAUGCAGGAUCAAUCUGAGGAACAGGACAAAAAGCCGAUUGUGCCGCCACCUGGCUCAUUUUUACCUCCACCGGGGGCAGUUGGAGUUCCCUUUGCACCGUAUCACUCAUAUUAUUAUCCCCACAGCGGGGCAACUCAUAUAUCACAUUUUCAUCCAUCGGUGGGUAUGUCAGUAUCCUCGGCUGCGGGUGGAAUUCCACCUCCUCCAGUUCCAAGUUUAGUGCCAAUUAAGAAAGAACCACACUCACCUCCUCCACCUCUUAAAUCGGCAGACAAAGCUACAGACUUAUCAUCAUCAUCAUCCACAGCCUUGUUGCACCCACUUCAUCGGUCUCAUCCGGAGAAAUCCGCCAAGCUGCCACAUGGAUUCUCUCAAACAGGUCUGACCACGACAGCGCCACCCCCUCUUACUGUCAUAGAGCAUAGGGAUGGUUCCAAACCAGGAGAAGCCUCCAAACCGGAUCUAUAUUCCAAAGACAGUACUCGGGGUCAUUCUUCUUCACCCCUCCGUACCGACACCCAUCCGGCCCCCGGAUUACACAGGGAAUCCAGGUUAGACAGUAACCUCAGUGUGUUACGAGAAUCUAGAGAAAUUGGGCUGGUAGGGGGAGCCACAUCCUCCCAGCCAGGACAGCAGCUUCCGUUACUAUCUUCUAUCAAAGAAGAACCGAGGACUUUACCAGCAGCAUUCCAACCUUACUCCCAUCAUCCGUCGCCAUCGGUGUCAAGCAGCCUCACAUCACAUCAUCCGCCUAGCUCAGUUCUCCAAGUCCCGCAGCCUAGUUUGUCUUCUGACCAGCCACUCGGCCAGUCCAUGAUCUCCCAGUCAAUGAUGUCAGACUCGUCACUGGUGACAUCCCGAUCGGCCCCAAGCCUGGACAUUGACAGUGUGAAAAUUGAGCAGAAUGUUGAGGAUGAAAUUGAUAUAGAAGAUGAAGAUGAUGACAGUCGCAGUGGAUCUACCACACCAGGACCAACUCCUACAGUUUGCAACAGGGAAAUCUAUAAAAGUAAUUCUGCAAUAUUUGUGAAAGUCUUCGACAGAGGUGACAGAAAUCAGUGCUCACGAACUGACUUCAUAUUCCGGCCACUUCCUGACUCCAACUUGGCCAAGAAGAGGGAAGACAGAGUGAGGAAGUCCUCUCACUCCUCCAGCAUCAAAGAAGAGAAGAAAAGAGUGGAAACCCCUCCUCGAGCAACGUCCGCUUCUGAGGGUCAGAAGUCAUCAUCUGGCAGCAGCAGUCUUAGCAGCAGCAGCAAUAGCAGCAGCAACCACCCGCCCCAUGGUAUGGGAAUCGGCGGCGGGUAUGCCGAACGACACACACCACGCUCAUUUGCAGACAUGCCGGCCCUUAGGCAACUUCACGAAUAUGCCAGGCCACACGUUUACGCAGCGAGCCUGGAUGACAUAUCAUUGCUUCGAUUCACAGGCCAGGACCUAACCAGACCUCCGUACUCUUUGGGAGCUCUGCAGCACCAUCCCCAUAUGGAUCCUUUGAUGGGCUACAGGCUUGGUGGCAUGUAUCCUCCAGGCUCCCGGGAGCGGCUGGAGAUGGAGUUGGAGAGGGACAAAAGGGAAAGAGAUGCCAGAGAGCGGGAGAUGAGGGAAAGAGAACUGAGAGAUUUGGAACUGAGGGAGAAGAUGAAACAAGAUAUGGAGUUGAAACCCGGUCUGGAGCGACUCCUGCCUCCAGGAGCAGCUAGUCAACUGACAGACCCGAGCUGGCUGGACCUUCAGAGACGUAUGGGCUUCCCACCAGGGGCUGGGGGCCACUUGCUGCCUCAUGGGGCUCCCUCUGUCAGUGCUGCGGGAGCCCACCUUCCAGGAGUGUACCCACCGGUCAGCUUGGCCAGUGAUCUGCUAUCCAGAGAGAGGGAUAAGUUAGAUAGACUAGAUGGUGCUGCUCUUAGUCCCAACAGUGCCUCCUCUUCUACAUCUGAGCAGCUAACGAGUCGAAUGGUUUAUCAAUAUUACUCCCAACGCCUCACUAGUGAACAGCAUGUAUUUAUGCAGCGAGCAGUCAACGAAUGCUACCUCCGCACAAAACCGGAGACUCGACCUAUUGUUGACCCCAACCACUUGAUCUAUCAGUUCUCUCGUGCUGACCCUCUGGCUUCAGGCCCAAUUGGCUCACUACCAGCAUCAUCCACAAAUCCCCUGUCAAUUCUGCCACCGGGGAUGUCACACCAUCCGCUGUUCGCUGCUGCUGGAUCUCGGGAGGAGCUUCUGCAGAGAGAGUUGUACAGCAGGGGAGGUCAUUUUCUUGAUCCUGCUCUGGCUCAUCAGUUGUCAGCACAGGCCGCUGCACACGAAGCUCUACAGAGGCAUAUGGCCAUGGAGAGAGAACGAUAUGGUUCAUCUGGUCAUCUACCACAUUAG